UUCUUAGUCAGCGGGAAGUAAACGGCAGAUUGUGACUGACUCUCUCUCUAACUGUACAACCUAAUUAAUGUACUUAAUGUAUACCUUCAUUUCCCUCCCCUUCAUCUCUCCAUCUGCAUGUGUUGGAACCCCCUUCCAUGAGCGGUUCAAUAAAUCACCUAUUGACUCCCCUAUUUUCCGACACCGACUCAUUGCAACCUUUGUGCUGAAUAAAUCCACUCGAAGUCCACAUCUUUUACCGGCGGUCGACCAUCCCCAGACUGAGUUGGUAUUGAUCGCCCUCGACCGGAAAGAGCUCUAGCGCCGUUGCUCCCCGACCGCCGAUGUCCAUCACCGCCUUUCUCUCAACUCCCAUCCUCUCCAUGUUCUGGGACGCUUGUGAAAUCAUGGCUCGUCGUUUCUUUCCUGGACAGAGUGCCGCCUUCGGCUUGAGUCUGCUGCUGUUUACCUUUAUGUUUUUACCCACGCUGGUCGUGUUGUUGGCGGUGAUCGUCUUCUUUUUGUUCUAUUAUCCUCGCUUGCGAAAGCCGGUCCACGAGAAUUGAUCCGACACGAAACCAGAGGAGAACAAAACAAGAAAGAAAUAAGAAAAAAUCAAAAUAAAACUAAUUUCGAUCCUGACUGUACAAUAUAUGAUGCAUGGCGCAUGAUGCAUACGAUUGAUUCGAUAAUCACUAAUGGCUGAGGUUUGCACGGAGUCACACGUUCUUUGUCAAUUAUGUACUAUAUCAUUCGAUUGGGUUCUCUUGGUCUUUGCCUUCCUUAUUGCCUUUCAGUUAAUGCAAUAUCUCCGACGCUGUUUUCCUUUCAAAGGCAGCACAAUGAAGAUAUCAUAUUCUAUUUCCGGAAAGAAAAUUACCCUGUCAGAACGUUUUUCUGUUCCUAUUCCGUGCUGCUUGCUG